UGCUAUGAUGUGUUCUCGACCCGUCUAGGUAAUUGUAUAUGUGUUGAAUAAAGGAACAUUCAGCGCACUCCCAUUUACCAACAACUGCACCCGUUAAUCAUCUUCAGGAACCACCUUCCACAUACCUCACCAGACAUCAAAUUAUCACAUACAGAGUCUCGUCCCUGCCUCCAAGUUACAAUGGCCGACAAACAAAUCGUACCGAUUGACCAUUCGGGAUGUCUCUCCCUCUACGACGUCAGCAUCCCCACCUUCCUCCGGGGUCAACACACGCUCAAGCACCUCCUUGUCACCGCCACCAAGCAUGCCCAAGUCAACGACAUUUCACUGAAUGAGAUACCACACUGGACGUUGCAUCCAGACAUGAAGCCCUUGACCUUUCAGGUCCAAUGUGCCAGUAACACGCCCAAGAAGUUUGUCGACAUCAUUACUGGUCAGACCGGCGUCGCCUUUGCCGAUGACGAGACCACCAUCGAGCAGCUCAUUGAGCGGUGCCAGCACACGAUUGACUUUUUGAACAAGGUGGACAAGAAGACGGUGGAUGAGGCGCACUUGCGUUUCAACACGAUCAACCUGCAGUUGCUGGCUCAGGUGUAUAAUAUGACGCCGCAGCAUUAUGUCACCAAGUUCGCGGUGCCCAAUUUCUUCUUCCAUUUGCAGACCGCUUAUGCGAUUUUCCGGAUGAAGGGCGUGUCGAUUGGAAAGGUGGAUUACUUGGAGCGUUUCUUGCAGCGUGAUGGUUGAUAUGGUUCCAUAUCGAGGUGUGGUUGCACUCAGGGGAAUAGACGAUGGGUACCGAUGUGAUGGGCAUUAGUGGCGAGGGCUCAAUGUGCUUGCAGUUUGUGUCACAACUUUGUGUGUAAGAGUAAUUUGGUGUUUAGAGUGUUCAUUGAGAUUGCAU